CAAAGUCAAAUGUAGAAAAAAUUGCAUGCAUACGUAAACACGUUACAAUCAUAGUUUUAUAGCAAUGCUUGUACGGAUUUGUUCAAGGAUCUGGCAACCUCACAGACGAGAGUAUUUACUAGCGUUUCCGUUCUAAGUCCGAUUAAAGCCAGCGACCUGCAUUAAAAUGCUGCCCACGGUAUUUCGGCGAACUUUCCCGCAAGUGUAUCGCGUCUCCGCGUGCAGAAAUUUAACGAUUCCUGCACCCAACACCCAACCAGACGUCCACUACAACAAGAUUUUCAUUAACAAUGAAUGGCAUGAUGCAGUAAGCAAGAAAACUUUCCCCACCAUCAAUCCUGCGACUGGUGAAGUUAUCUGUCAUGUCGCAGAGGGCGAUAAGGCGGAUGUGGACAAAGCUGUUGAGGCUGCUAAAAAUGCCUUUAAGCUCGGGUCUCCGUGGCGACGCAUGGAUGCAUCUCAGCGUGGACAUCUCCUGAACCGAUUGGCCGACUGCAUUGAGAGAGAUUCGGCUUAUUUAGCGGAGCUAGAGACUCUUGACAAUGGGAAACCAUACGCAAUCUCCUACUGUGUUGAUGUCCCCAUGGUGGUCAAAUGCCUCAGGUAUUUUGCCGGCUGGGCAGACAAAUGGCAUGGGAUGACCAUUCCAGUUGAUGGGGAUUACUUUUGUUACACAAGACAUGAACCCGUUGGAGUGUGUGGCCAAAUUAUUCCUUGGAACUUCCCAUUGUUGAUGCAGGCGUGGAAGCUCGGCCCUGCCCUGGCUACAGGGAACACGGUUGUGAUGAAGGUGGCGGAGCAGACGCCUCUCACUGCCCUUUAUGUCGCCAAUCUUAUCCAAGAGGUGGGAUUCCCUGCUGGUGUUGUUAAUAUCGUCCCAGGAAUGGGUCCUACGGCAGGGGCAGCCAUCUCAUCUCACAUGGACGUUGACAAAGUGGCAUUUACCGGCUCCACUGAUGUCGGUCAGCUUAUCCAGCAAGCAUCUGCCAACAGUAAUCUCAAGAAAGUGACAUUGGAGCUGGGCGGAAAGAGCCCUAACAUCAUUUUAUCAGAUGCUAAUAUGGAGAACGCGGUUGAGCAGUCCCAUCUUGCCCUCUUCUUCAACCAGGGACAGUGUUGUUGCGCAGGCUCUCGUACGUUUGUGCAGGAGAGCAUCUACGAUGAGUUUAUGGAGAGGAGCGUAGAGAAAGCCAAGAAGAGGGUUGUGGGAGAUCCCUUUGACUUGAAAACCGAGCACGGACCCCAGGUGGAUGACAAACAGUUCCAGAAGAUUCUGGGUUACAUCGGCAGCGGAAAACGCGAGGGAGCCAAGCUGAUGUGCGGUGGUGGCGCGGCAGCCGACCGCGGUUACUUCAUCCAGCCGACUAUCUUUGGUGACGUUCAGGAUAACAUGACAAUUGCCCGCGAGGAGAUUUUUGGUCCAGUGAUGCAGAUUUUGAAGUUCAAGUCUUUAGAGGAAGUUAUCGAGAGAGCCAAUGACAGUAAAUAUGGCCUUGCAGCAGCUGUUUUCACCAAAGACAUUGACAAGGCCAACUAUGUCUCCAGCGGUCUGCGUGCUGGCACUGUGUGGGUUAACUGCUACAACGUGUUCGCGACUCAGGCUCCCUUCGGAGGCUAUAAGGCUUCAGGAAUUGGUCGUGAGCUGGGACAGUAUGUACUGGACAACUACACAGAGGUCAAAACGGUUAUCACUAAGGUUCCUCAAAAAAAUUCCUAAAUGGAUGAAAUAUCUGAAGAAGCAGCUAUAUGCUAUAUAUAGGUGCAUAGUCUCUUACACUCAUAAAAAACUAUGAAACACUUAUAUCACCAUUAUAAUCACUUAUAAGUGCUUUUGCAAACAGUAUUGCUCUAUAUGAUUUUCAAUCUGAAAAAAAGUAUAUAUAAAAUGUGUUUUGGGCUGUUUUUAUUCAGACGCACUUAAAAGGUUUUUCAUCUAAGCUGCUCUUAUAUAAUAUGUUUAUUUGCAUGAAUACAUACAUACAAUUUUCUAUUCAUUAUCUUAAUGCACAUGUAAGUGUCUAUUUUUCUAUUUGCUAUUUUGCAGGAAGAAAAAAAUAAAAGAAUGUCAUACACUAAC